AGCAUUUUAUUUAUAGCAUUUUUAUUUUGGUGUUUCCAAGAAUUUGUUUUUGGCUUAUCCACUCUGAAUAAUAAGAAUGUUAUCUAUUUAGAGUGAUUCUUAAUUCUUGUCAAUGUACCGUCACUAGUGACUAAAGAAUGGCUGACGUCCCACAUGUAGACCUCACUAUGAGCACACCCUAUACACAUCUCAGCUGCCCAUCCCUGCCUUCCCUAACGGCUUCAGUAAACUGGUACUUAUCAGUCAGAGGCAGAGAUCUGGAGGUGUGGGUGUCCUGAAGGGGAAGGGUGGUAGAAGGGGAGGAUCAGUGAGUCAGACCACUGUUUCUGGAGACUAUAUGACCUCAGUCAGCACAGAGCUUUCUACCAAGACACAGCAGGCAGUCGCAGACACACAAUCAGCCCUACAGUGAUGGAGGAAGGACCUUACAAGUACAUCAGGGACGGGAACGGCAAAGUCAGCCGGGUCAUCAGGAUCGGGACCCGCAAGAGCCAGCUGGCCCGCGUCCAGACAGACAGCGUGGCCGACAAGCUGAAGGAGCUCUACCCUGACGUCUACCUGGAAAUAGUUGCUAUGUCAACAAUAGGAGAUAAAAUCCUUGACACGGCUUUAUCAAAGAUCGGUGAGAAGAGUUUGUUCACCAAAGAGUUGGAGAAUGCCUUGGAGAAGAAUGAGGUCGACCUGGUUGUUCACUCCCUGAAAGAUCUUCCCACCAGCCUGCCUGCAGGAUUCACCAUCGGGGCUGUGUUGAAGAGGGAGAACCCCCACGAUGCAGUGGUGCUCCAUCCAAGCAAUGCAGGGAAAACUCUGGACACGCUGCCAGAGAAAAGUGUGAUUGGCACGAGUUCAUUAAGGCGUGCUGCCCAGCUGAAGAAGAGGUUUCCCCACCUGGAGUUCAAAGAUAUCCGUGGGAACCUGAACACUCGUCUGAAAAAGCUGGAUGAGAAGGACGACUUUGCUGCCAUCAUCCUGGCUGCUGCCGGCCUGAAGAGGAUGGGCUGGGAGAACCGAAUCAGCAUGAUCCUGGAGCCCGAAGACUGUAUGUAUGCUGUUGGACAGGGGGCUUUGGCAGUGGAGGUCCGGGCCAGAGAUGUAGAUAUCCUAGAGAUGGUCUCCGUCCUCCAUGACCCUGACACUGUGCUGCGCUGCAUCGCUGAGAGAGCUUUCCUCAAACAACUGGAGGGCGGCUGCAGUGUUCCUGUGGCUGUGCACACCAAGGUGACGGACUCACAGCUCUACCUGACUGGUGCUGUGUACAGUCUAGAUGGAUCAGAGAGCCUUAAAGAAACCAUGCAGACCAGCAUUGCUGCUGACGAGCAGAGCGUGGAGAAGGUGGACGAGCGGGCCCAAAGAGUGGGGGUCACAGCCGCCAAACUCCCAGCUUAUUCCCAGGACGCAGCUGAGCGGCUGGGCAUCGAACUGGCCAACUUAUUGCUGAACAAAGGAGCCAAGGAGAUCCUGACGGUGGCCCGGCAGCUGAAUGAUGCCAGAUAAUCCCAUCCCCCAUGGGAAGGGACUAUGUGUGUUCAGUUGGUCAUAACCAUGUUUCAAGUAUAAACUAAACCUCCUUCUUAUGUGAUACUCAUAUGAAGCUGAGUUGAUAAAAAUAGACCAGUGUUUUUAGUUGUGUAAGGAAUUCAAACUCUACUUGAACCAAAGUUGUGCUCAGAACAUCAGUUUGUCAGGAGUCCCUUCUGUUUGUGGGUCUUAGUUUGAAUGCUAGCCUGUACUUGCCUCAAGGAACCUCCUUAACCACCCACUGGGAUUAUCAGAGAGAAACACAUUAUAGUCUUCACACAUUAUGGUCAGGACCGACGGCACCAUUUACAUGUUCAACUUCAUAUCUGUGCAAACAGAGAGGGGUCACUGAAAUGGGUCCAGGAUGUUUCACUGCCAUCUAUUUUGUUCCUCAGAAACAGUGAGAAGAAGAGAAAGCUCCACAUGAAAGAGCAAAUGCAGUCCCUUUUCAUAACUUUCAUUAUGCAUGUUCUAAAUGCAGCGUUUAGACACUUGUUUUGUACAAUAUGCAUACUACCUCUUUAAGAGAUGAAUUAUAUUUUUCACAGUAAGCUGGUAGGGACCAUUUUGAUCCACCCAACCUGUACCAGAACUUGUGAGGCCAAGAUCUGCACAGCUUUGCUCUGAACCUGAACUUUAAUGCUUGAAUGUGCUUUAAACACUGCAGCUGUGGUUUCAAACCAGAUUCUGAGUUCAGUUCAUUUUUCUGACUGUACAGAUGGAGAAUGGUAACGUUUUAAGUUUCACUGAUGUGACAAAUGUUGGCAUAUAUGCAAAACUGCCUGCAAGACCGCAGCAUUGGCACUGUGUUCACACAAAGGCAUGAGUGUGUGUCACUGUAAAUUUCAUGAUUUGGUCUCAAACAAAUAAUUUCAGCCACCCUGCAGCUACUGUGCUGCUUAGACUCAGGCUGCUAUGAGAGUCUGGCAGUUUUAUAGUGACGUCAUUUUUACAUAAAUUUAAGACUAAAAUUCUUACCUGAUCUAACAGCUUUUAAUAACACAAAGCAACUCUUAUUCCUCCUGUUGCUGGAAAUAUCCCAUUACAGUUAAAAUAGUUGUUAUUUAUGACAUGUAUUUAUUUAUUUAUGUUUUUGUGUUAAUCACAGAGUCACUAUGUCAAGCUCUCUGCUCCAGUAGCCGGCCUGUAGUCGUAGCUUGUAGUUUUAAAACAACAUUAAUACAACUGACGUGCGGCACCGUGUUAGUUUUUAAAUUAUGACUACCUGUACUUUUUCUCACCCAAAAAUAUUUCCAUACAAUAGAAUUUGUCUUGCAAGCAAGGGAAGAGAGUAGCAGCCUUCCUUCAGUCAGCUGACCGGCAGUGAGCAGCAGCAAAAUGGGUUAGGUACAGUGAUGCAUUGCUCUGUGCUCCAUAUAACUUUAGAAAACUCCGGAUCCAGUGAACUUUAAACCUUUGCAAUGGUGUAAUGGAGAAUCCUACUGGUUUUGAGGCUGUAACGUUAAAACCUUGGUGUACCUUGGUACCAGUAACCGGCCCAUGCCGCAUGACUUAAAUGAUAUGUACCAUUCAGAUUAUCUACAAAUACAAAUGACUGACAUUGUUUGAAAAUGCAUAUUCUAUUCUAAUAGUUUUUUAUGAUUAUCCCUUUGUCAGUCUUUGUCGGUCUGGUCUAAAAACAUGGACAGUGGCCUGUUCUUUCCCUGUCCAUUCUUUAUCCAGAAAUGUGUCUCUGAGCCUGCAGGUUAUAUUGUUUCUGCAUCUGGCCCCAGGUGGCACCACCGGGUUUAAGAUUACAGGUCUGCAGGGGUUCUAGAGAGGUAUGAUGGAUUCUGAGAAGGUAAAAUAUUAAAUGUGUAACUUUGUGAAGGUAUGUUGCACUAAAUAAAACCAGAUUGUACUGCAAAUGAGAUCAUAAAUAGAUCUUCUGGAAGCUGCCAACUCUGCUGUAAUGAUGUCCUCCUACAUGCUACACUCCAUAUUAUUCCAUUUUGUUGAUUCGCCUAACAGAGAAAACCUUUAGCUCAGAAUGUUAGCGCUUCUCUUUGACCCAAGUGCCAUCUCUGUGUAAACUGUAUGAUUUAUGCCGCAGUGAACUGCACAUAUGCCUCCUAAACUGUAUUCUCUGUUCUGUAUCUUUGAUACUUCCCAGUCAGGUUCAAUGUUUCAACAGUACAGUUGGUUUGAUACUCUAUUGUUAGAUCUUGUCUUGUAUAGGUUUCCUAAUUUAAGGCUCUUAUUUUGAAAAAUGAGCUAAUGCUGACUCUAAAUUUGUUUUUUUUGUCAUCUUUAAUUUCUCUUUUAAUCAACAGGCUGUUUUCUAACAAUAAAAGCUUCAUGUAAAAAAUAA